CUCAUAAAAUAAGCUACAUGCUUGUCUUGAAUCAAUCUGGUGCCUCCCUGAACCGUAAAGCCCAUUAAUCUCAAGAAUUUUGAUUUGCUGUGUAAACACUUUAUAGCAUAUAUACUUAAUGAUGGCCUCCCUUAUCAGACUUUGCUUCUUCGUCCUUCUAAUCAUUCAAGUUACUUUCUUAUUUUCAGCCUUGGUGCACAGUGAUAAAGAGGCCGAUGAAGAUGACAUUCUCCAAGGUAUCAACAGCUAUAGGCGAUCAAUAAGCUUACCGGCCCUCAUCAAGCACGACAAGGCCGAUUGCCUAGCAGGAGAGAUUGCAGACGAUAUACAGGACCAACCAUGCAGCAGCCGAACCAAUGGCGCCGCCAUCUCUCCGGCAACUACGUCGACCGAUAUUCCCAGCCUUGCCAACAACUUGAACAAGUGCAAAAUAGAUGUAAACAGCACAGUGGACGGGGUCAUCAUGCCAGUUUGUGUGCCCAAAGCGGUCUCAACUCUUGUGCUUACCAAUUACACCAACUCCCAGCGCUACGCCAAGUUUCUAAACAAUUCGAGGUUCACUGGGGUUGGAAUUGGUACCGAGGAGGAUUGGACUGUGGUUGUCUUGGCCACAAGUACCACAACUGGAGACUUUGCUAAUGCAGCAGGAUCUUUGGUUUCAAGGGUUGCCACUGCUUAUUGCUUGGUGUCCUUCAUGUUGGGGUUGUGGCUGAUUUUACUUGGCUGAAGUUAAUUAGGCUUUGUUAUGUUGUACCCUGGCCUUUUGGUUUCUUUUGGUGAAUGGCCUUUUGGUUUCUGCUAGUUGUAACUUAGUGCUUUUUGUGGAUGGGAUUAGUUGGACUACAUGUAAUCCAUUACUACUUACAAAUAAUUUCAGUACGUGUUUCUUGCC